CGUUCAGAUCGAGUCGAACACUUUUCCAGCUUCGGAACGCUCACAUUUAAAUUUCAGCUGAGCGGCAAAAAAGUUUUGCGGGAUAUUUUCAAUUCGUUUUCAACCUUGGUACUCUGGUCAGUUUUUUAGGAUAUAUGUUUGAUUGAUCAUGGUAUUGCAACAAACACCUUUCGGGCCCCUGUCAAACGGUUGAGAUCAAGUAGUCGGCCCACCAACAAUCGACUUAAGCAUGGCUGCGCUGACAACCGUGACACCUGUCAAUAUUGACGUCGUCACCUACUCUGAUGCCGCGAGCAUCGGCAACAAAACAAUGCAGGAUCUUAUCGUGAACCAAAGCAAAGAGGUCGAUCCGAAACUGAUGGAUCGCUACUUGAUGAACAAAGCGAUCGACGAGCCGGCCUACACCACGCUGAUCGCGAUGUAUGGCGUUUUGAUUGUGCUGGGGGCACUGGGAAACACUCUUGUCAUAAUAUCAGUCGUACGCAAGCCAGCGAUGCGAACUCCCAGGAAUAUGUUUAUAGUGAAUUUAGCGGUGGCCGACCUUCUAUUGUGCACAGUGACAAUGCCACUCACGCUAAUGGAAAUACUCACAAAGUAUUUUCCGCUGGGAAACAAUUUGUUUAUUUGUAAACUGAUCGGUAUCCUGCAAGCCACCAGCACUUACGUCUCCACCAUUUCCAUCACGGCCAUUGCGUUGGACAGGUAUCAGGUCAUAGUUUAUCCGACAAAGGAGAGCCUGCAACUAUACGGCGCUCUGCUAAUAUUAUUCUUUAUAUGGUCGGUAGCGUUAAUCCUCGCUCUGCCGCUGUUCAUAGUCCGCCACCUGAACCACCACGUUCUGAAAAUCGGCUCGGAUACGCUGAGCUUGAAUUUUUGCUACGAGAAUUGGCCGCUGGAGCAUGGAAGGGCCUACUAUUCCAUUUUUUCGCUGAUUUUUCAGUACACUUUGCCCAUUGUCAUCGUAUCGGUGGCUUACGUCCGUAUUUCCUAUAAAUUGCGCUACAGAUUCGCUGCGGGAUUUGUCAGUACUGACGACAGUUCGAGCAAAAAUCGUCGACAGCUACGCGGCCGGAAGUUACAACGGACCAACAUUCUUCUAGGAUCGAUAGCGGUUAUAUUCUGCAUCAGUUGGAUACCAUUAAACAUGUUUAAUUUGAUAGCUGAUUUAUCGUCGACCCCUGAGUUUUCCUCGCAUUCCAUGAUCGUUUGUUACGCUAUUUGUCACAUGAUGGGAAUGUCGAGUGCUUGUUCUAACCCUAUUUUAUACGGGUGUUUGAACGAAAACUUCUGGAAGGAGUUUAAGGAUAUUCUGUGCAUUAAAUCCACAGUCGAUGGGAGGACUGAAUCGCAGAUGCUCACGGUUACAAAGCACAAUAAUUUGUCGAGAAGAACAAAACCUGAUCUGGUCACAGUGACCACUGAUUACCCGCAAACAACUGCUAGUACUGAAGUAUCGAUGUUCACGAAAUGUUAAUUUUAUCAGGGUAAUGAAACACACUGUAUAUUAGAAUGGGCCAAAAAAUGAAUUUUUUUUUUAAAAGUAUAUCGAAAAUAUGGUUUGGGGUGAUAAAAAAAAAAUUAUUGUGAAAGUUUGAGUCCAUAAUAUUAAUAUUACGAGGUCUAUCAUCGCAAUUUUAAUUUUUUUUUCUUCAGCAAGUUUUUGUCUCAGAACUCCCAAACCAUUGAGUUUAACAAAAUUGACUCAAAAAUAUUUUUUUAAGAAAAUUAAAUGCUCUACAAAAAAGGUUAAAGUGAAAUUUUCCGUCAGAUGAACCGUUUCCUUAAAAUCAUGCCUUAAAAAUUGG